AGGGCUUCUCCGAGGAGCGGGAGAGAGGCGGAGGGAGAGCCGCCGAGAGCCUCGCAGCUCCCCUUGCUCUGCCUCCGUGCUGCUCUGCCGGCGCUCGCCUGCCGCCGGGCGUGAGGAAGGGGGUGUGUGAAGGAUUCACGCUGAUUUCCGUGUAAUUUAUUGCGCUGUUAUUUGGUAUCCAGCACGCUCGGAGCAGUGGGGCAGAAAAAAAAGGCUAGGGACGUUUAGGUUUUUCAAAGGACAGUGUGCUGAGUAGGUAAGGAGAUGUCAUGGUCUUCUUCCGUCGAUGUAGGAAGAUAGCAGAUAUGAUCGCCUGAAAAAGCUGAACUACACAGUGCAAGCAUGGCUUUCGCCCAGUCGCACAUUAUGGCAGCUAGAAGGCAUCAGCACAGUAGACUUAUAAUUGAAGUGGAUGAGUACAGCUCCAACCCCACACAGGCUUUCACGUUCUACAACAUUAACCAGGGACGUUUUCAGCCCCCACAUGUGCAAAUGGUUGAUCCGGUGCCCCAUGAUGCUCCCAAACCUCCAGGAUAUACACGAUUUGUCUGUAUUUCUGAUACCCACUCAAGAACUGAUCCCAUCCAAAUGCCAUAUGGAGAUGUGUUAAUACAUGCUGGUGAUUUUACUGAGCUGGGACUUCCUAGUGAAGUAAAAAAAUUCAACGAGUGGCUAGGUAGCCUGCCCUAUGAAUACAAGAUUGUGAUAGCAGGAAAUCAUGAAUUGACCUUUGACCAGGAAUUCAUGGCUGACUUAAUCAAGCAGGACUUUUACUAUUUCCCCUCUGUUUCUAAGCUGAAGCCAGAGAGCUAUGAAAAUGUACAGUCUCUUCUAACAAACUGCAUCUAUCUUCAAGACUCUGAAGUGACGGUGAGGGGAUUCAGAAUAUAUGGCUCCCCUUGGCAACCUUGGUUUUAUGGCUGGGGCUUUAAUCUUCCACGAGGCCAAGCACUAUUAGAGAAAUGGAACCUUAUUCCAGAUGGAAUAGAUAUUCUUAUAACACAUGGACCACCUCUCGGUUUUCUAGACUGGGUUCCUAAGAAAAUGCAACGGGUAGGAUGUGUUGAGCUGCUGAACACUGUCCAGAGACGAAUACAGCCAAGGCUUCAUGUUUUUGGACAUAUCCAUGAAGGUUAUGGUGUCAUGGCUGAUGGAACUACUACCUAUGUGAAUGCAUCUGUGUGCACUGUGAAUUACCAGCCACUCAAUCCACCUAUAGUUAUUGACUUACCUACUCCAAGGAACACAUGAUUAUAAUGAGGAUUUAAAGUUGUACCCAACACAUUAGCAACUUUAUAUUGCUGGCUGAGAAUCCCAAUAGGGAACCAUUCAACAAAAAAGCAAAAACCUUCUUCUUUUUUCCCUGCUAGCUCUUCACAGAUAAAUUUUGAGUGACAAAAGUGGAUGAGAAACAAAGACAUUUUGGUGCCAGAAACAGAUUAAAGACUUUAACAUUUCACCAUUAAAAUAUUUGUGAACACAGAAAAGUGAAUGCAUUCCACAUAUAUAUAUACAUAUACAUAUAUAUAUAUCUCAAGUAGGGACUUUUGUAUAUACCGUACAUUAUAUUGGACUUAUUAAAAGAACAAUGUCUUUCAAACGAGUGUUUCUUUAAGAAAGUUUGCAGUUUAAACUUAAGUGUUUAGACUAGGAUUUCCUCAUUUCAGAUGUUUCCCAGUGAGCUCUUGGUAAAAGAAAAAUGAUGGUAAAGAUGUUUUCCCUUAAUUAACACAGCAAAUAUAAAAGAUGGUGCACGAAUGACCAGUCACAGGAGGAAAGCUAUUGCUUCAAGUCCUCCAGGUCUAAGUCUUUGCAUCUAUUCAAAACCAAUGCAAUAGAGGCCCUAAUUCACUGUACUGAAAUGAAGUUUUACUACAUCUGGCAUUACAGAUGGUAAGGGAAAUGGUGCAUAUUGCUGGCAUGCUGUAAACAGCUCAACAUUCAAGAAGGGAGACUGUGUUAAGUGCAGUAUAAACUCAGGAAUUUGUAACCUGGCCUCGCCUGUGAAAAAAAGGAUGACAUUUCCCUUAAAAAAACACCAGACACCCCCCUCCCCCCGUGUUUUCAUAUGGUAAGGCGAUAUGUGAUUGUAUGUAAAAAGAGAAAAAAAACCCACAAAAAACCCAGCCAAUGUUCAGUAGUGGUAUUUUAAAUAAAACCCACUGAGUCUAUUUGUUUAAAAUCCGUUAAUGGAACAUGCAGCCAGUGAUUAGAUUACUGGUUUGAAUUUGGCCCCAGUCAGAAGUGAUUAAAUGUCAUUAUGAUCAUUUUGUCCUUGAGGAACGUUACGGAUGUUGAGGGGAAGGGGUCAUCCCAAGGUGGAGUUUGGGCGUUCACUUUUGGGUAGCUAUGUAGUAGCAUAAGUGCGAUGAGUAACAAGUACACCCCAAUGGGUACAGAGCAGGGGUCACCUCACGGAACUUGUCAUUGCUGUUUGCCCGCUCAUGGACACCGCUGAGAGAGGCCCAAGAGAAAAUCAUCAGCCGAGUUGAAAUCCAUCUGUCGUGUUGCAUGUGAUGCCAGGCAAUGUGGGGGACGUGUCAGGAGCUGGUUGGGACGGCCAACUGCCAUGGUACUGCCCAUGCGGCUUUCCUGCAGGUUAACAGAGAUGUUGGAGCUGCUGGGAUUUCAGUCCCAUCCUAGGCAGAAACUUGAGAAUUGAUUACAAACCCACGAAAAAAAAAGUGCUUCAAAUGUGUCCUACAAGAAAUGGGUUUCUGCCUUGAACUAAUAAACAUCUCCAUGCUCAAAUAGGAGCCUUUUUGCCUUGAUGGAGAUAAUUUAACUAACUGCUGUAUUCUGCACGUGGACAUCCUGAAUUUGGGGCUCAUGGCAUCAAGACACUGAUCUUGUUCACACACAUUGAGCAGAUUAUCGCACUGCCAAUACAGGGUUGUUUGCGGGUCUGUGCAUAGCCCACAUCUGCGCAUAGCCCACAUCUGCAUACAUGCAUUGGAUCAUUGUGUAUGUUACUUUUUGCCUGAUACAUGGAUGUAAAUGUGAGCUUCAUGUAGCAGCUGCGUGUACGUUAUAUGCAUACCCAAUUUAAAAUACCUGUGUUGCAAAACAAGGCUAUGUCAGCCUCAACUCUAAGCAAGCUGGGCAGAAACAUUGCGUUUUGCUGGCUUCCCGUGGCAGCAGCUCUUCCAGCUGCUGCUGGGAGCAGUGACGUUGGAGCCCAGUAACUAACACAUGCUGUGGACCCACCAGAAACCACCAGACCACCAGAAAACAUGAGAAGUCACAGGUCUGUCAUUUCUUGUAAGCUGUUGGGUGACUUGGGGUCUAAACUAAUGUGCUGCUUUUUCCUGAAAUGAAAGCCUAAAACGAUCGGUGAUGCCUGCAGCUGGUUUUUGGGUGAAUAGUUCACAAGCACAUGAGCAGUCCGCCGUGAAUUCAGGUGGGGCCACUUUUGUCAAAACUAGUGGUGUAGAAAUUGCAGGAUCAGCUCCUAAAUCAGCAAGGACUGAAAUUCAUAGUUGAAUAUGAAUUCCCGCCAUCAUUGGGAAGAUGAGCAAUAGUGUGUAGUUAGAAUAAAAGUGUCUUAGCUAGUCACAAUUCAAGCGGUUUGCAACAAAUGUGACAGGAAAUUGGCUGUUCGUUAAAGUCUGAAAUGUUUACAUUCGCUCACGGCACUUAAGAGACUAAAAUGUUAAAGUGAGGGAAGAGGUCCUUUUAUUAGCCUCAACAAAAUUUCUAUGUCGACCAUAAACUAUUCUCUUAAAAAUAAUUUUUCCUAAGGUAUCUUCAAAAUACUGUGUAUUUUUAUGUGGAAAGGAUACGAAAGCAGCUGUUACUUCAAAAAUAUCAUUUAAAGUACUUGGGGUAUCAAAGCUUAAAGAUUAUUUAAUCAUUUUGGCAUAUCUUGAUUGUUGUUGUAAUUUUUGGUCAAGCAUGUUAGACAAAUAAAGUCUUAAAAAAACCAACAAA